AUGGGACAUAUCCAGCUUGCUCUCGCUGCCGCGUUGGCCUUCGUCGCCAAGGACGCCAGCGCCUUCAACAUCGGCUCCCCUGCGGGCAUGGCCGCUGGCACUACCGGCGGAGAGGGCGGCGAAGUCGUGUACCCGACCUCGACCAGCGAGCUGAUCCAGUACCUGAACGACACUGAGCCCCUGGUGAUCGUCCUCAACCAGACGUUCGACUUCCGCGGCACGGAGGGCUCGACUACCGAGAUGGGCUGCCGCCCAGAGAAUAUGCGCAAGUGUCUGGCCAAGAACAACGGCUUCAAGGGCCAGGACGUGAUCCUUGGCCCCGGCGGCAUGAACAACACGGGCGGCUGCACCAACGGCACUGAGAUCGAGGUGACGUACGACAACGCCGCCCAGAAGCGCAUGAACGUCAAGGGCAACAAGACUGUGCGCGGCGUGGGCAAGAAGGGCGUGAUCAUGGGCAAGGGCAUGACACUCAACGGCGACAACAUCAUCAUCCAGAACGUGCACGUCACGGAGCUCAACCCGCACGGCAACACCACGGCCAAGAACAUUUGGCUCGACCACGUCAAGGUCUCGCGCGUCGGCCGUCAAAUGGUCGUGACCAACAAGGCCGGCGUGGACUCGCUCACCAUCAGUAACUCGGACUUCGACGGCAACACCGAGUACUCGUCCUCGUGCGACGGCCACCACUACUGGACCUUCCUCUUCUACGGCAAGAACACGGGUAUCAGCAUGCUCAACAACUACAUCCACGCCACCUCGGGCCGCUCGCCCAAGGUCGGAGGCAACAAGAACGAGAACAUCGUCGUGCACAUCGCCAGCAACUACUGGGGCGACAACUCGGGCCACUCGUUCGAGAUCGGCGCCAACGCCUACGUGCUCGCUGAGGGUAACUACUUCAACAACACCAAGCAGCCCCUGGACCCCAAGGGCUCGGACGGAAACCUAUACGCCACCGACUCGAACGACGUGUGCAGCAACUACCUGACUCGCUCGUGCAAGUCCAACACUCUGGUGAGCAGCGGCAACUUCACGUCGCGUAACGGCCCGGCUGUCCUCGAGGCGGUGAAGGCCAACUCGGCCAUUACGGGAUACUCGGCGAGCUCGGCUCAGACUGAGCAGCAGUCGUCCCAGACCAACGACUCCGAGCAGCAGGAGCAGUACACCCCCGGCACGGCCAAGCCAUCGACCGAGACGACGCAGUCCUUCGCUCAGGCGAGCGACCUGGCUGAUGUGUGGGCCCAGACGACCGACAACUUUGGCGUUGGCAAGCUCGACUAA